UCUGUAUAUGUGAAAUAAUAAUUUCUAACCUAUAUCACAAACGUUGUGAAAACCACGUUGUAUAAAUAUUGAAUAGCACGUAUUUUAAAUGUGUAUAUUUAUCUAUGAAAAGUUAACAUUUAUUUUUUAUUAAAAUGGGAAAAAAAUCAAAGAUUGGAAAGCAGAGAAAAGAUAAAUAUUAUCAAUUAGCCAAAGAAACAGGUUACAGAUCACGUGCUGCUUUCAAAUUAAUUCAAUUAAAUCGCAAGUUUGAAUUUUUGCAAAAGUCCAGAGUAUGCAUCGACUUGUGUGCAGCACCUGGUGGCUGGAUGCAAGUUGCCAGACAAAAUAUGCCAAUAUCAUCUAUAGUUAUAGGCGUAGAUCUGUUUCCGAUAAAGCCUAUACCAGGAUGUAUCAGUCUUACAGAAGAUAUUACAACAGAUAAAUGUAGAGUGGCUAUUUCGCGUGAAUUAAAGACAUGGAAAGCUGAUAUUGUUUUAAACGAUGGUGCUCCCAAUGUAGGAAAAAAUUGGCUUCAUGAUGCAUAUCAACAAGCUGUGUUAACAUUAUCAGCUGUUAAAUUAGCUACUCAAUUCUUAAAAGCUGGUGGUUGGUUUGUAACAAAAGUAUUUCGAUCUAAAGAUUAUCAUCCAUUAAUCUGGGUGUUAAAACAGCUAUUUAAAAAGGUACAUGCUACUAAACCUCAAGCUUCGCGUAAUGAAUCUGCAGAAAUCUUUGUAGUGUGUCAAUAUUAUAUUGCUCCUGAUAAAUUAGAUUCCAAGUUCUUUGAUGCAAAGCAUGUAUUUUCUGAAUUAGAAAUAGAAUCUACAAACAAAUCAAACUUUCUUCAAGCGGACAAGCAGAAGAAACAAAAAGCAGAAGGAUAUCCUGAAAAUGAUUACACAUUAUAUCAUAAAUUGUCCGCAAAAGAGUUUAUUGCCUGUGAAAAUGCAAUUGAAGCUUUGCAGAAUGCUUCUGAAAUAGUAAUAGAUGAUGAAGUUAUCAAUAAUCAUGAGAAAACAACUAAAGAAGUUAGAGAAUGUUGCAAGGAUAUCAAAGUACUUGGUCGGAAGGAUUUAAAAUUAUUGCUUAAUUGGUGGAAAUCAUUAAAAGGAACACAAGCAGAAACAGAAGAGAAAGAAGAUGUAGUAGAAAAUGAAACUACAGCAGCAUCUAAAGUUAUUAGCCUCGAAGAGCAGGAAGAUUUGGAAGAUGUGAUAAUUGAAAAACAGAUCGCCGAGCUCAGGGAAGAGGAAGCUAAAGAAUUGAAGAGCAAGAAGAAGAAAGCUAACAAAGAGAGAAAUAAAUUGAAUAAACGCCUUAACUUGCAAAUGAUUCAUAAAAAUGAUGAAGGACCUAAAUUAGAAAGGGAUGAUAUGUUUAAAUUAAGUCAGAUUCAAACCUAUGAGCAAUUGGAACAAGUUACAGAUCAAACGCCUGAUGUUUUAGCAGAGAGUGAUGCAAAUUCGGACGAAGAACAAGUCAAACCAAAGACGGUUUCUUACAAGAAAGAUACAGGCCAUUUGGACAGCAAAGGCUUAUACUAUAAGGCAGAAGAUAGCGAAGAUAAUGAUACCGAUGCUGCAUCAGAUGAUGAUACAGAUAGUGAAAAAUCUGGACUAGGUCUGGAAGAUUCAGAAGACGAAAGUACAAAAAAAGUACAAAAGAAGAAACAACAAUGUAAAGAUUUUGACAAUUCUAACAAUCCUUUGCUAACUGACUUAGAUUUCCGGGAUAAAAAGACUAAAAAGAUUCAUAAAGCUGAACUUUGGUUCGAAAAAGACGCAUUUAAAAAUUUAGAGGAUGAAGAUGAUGCAGAUUAUGAAUUAGAUAAAAUGAUCGAACAAUACAAGAGGAAGGGUGGACAUAUUCUUGGAGAAGAGGAGAAGACAGAAAAAAAAAUUAAUAAGGAAAAGAAACGCAAAGUUAAUGAAAACGACGAUUCAAAUUCGGAUUAUGACAUGGAAGAAAUGAUGGCACCUAAAAAAGUAAAGAAGAUCGGCGGAAAAGACGGUUUUGAAGUAGUACCUCAAGAAAAAGAUAACCAAGUAAAAAAAAGAAAAUUGACCCCUGAGGAUUUAGCACUCGGAUCUUUGAUGAUUCGUAAAAAAUCUCGAAGAAAUUUGAUUGACUCUGCUUGGAAUAGAUACGCAUUUAAUGAUGAAAAAUUACCUAAUUGGUUUGUGAAGGAUGAGGAAAAACAUAUGAAGAAGGAAGCACCUGUACCUAAGGAACUUGUCGAAGAAUAUCAGAACAGAGUCAAAGACUUAAAUGUUAGACCAAUUAAGAAAGUAAUGGAAGCUAAGGCGAGAAAAAAGAGACGCUCAAUGCGCAAACUUGAAAAGGCCAAGAAGAAAAUGGAAAACUUGAUGGAUAAUGCAGAUAUCAACGACAAAGAGAAGGCUAGACAAAUUAAUGCAUUGUACAAGAAAGCCAAGAAAGAGCCAAGAAAGGAAGUUAAGUAUAUCGUAGCAAAGAAACAUACCGCGCAGAAGCGGGCAGUUCGGCCCCCUGGUGUGAAAGGUCGAUAUAAAGUUGUCGAUCCAAGAAUGAAGAAGGACUUACGCGCGGCUAAAGCUAAGGAAAAAACUAAAGGACGUGGAAAGAAAAGUCGAGGCGGUAACAGACCAAGAACAAAACCUAUGAAGAGGAAAAGUAAAUAAUUCCCCUAAAUUUAUAUGAUAAAUAAUAUUUAACAGUUCUGACUAGAACCUUUUGCUAUGCAAAAUUUUUUCCAAUAAUUAAUGAGAUAUGUAAAUAAAUAAUGUUUCUAUUUCAC